GAAAUACCCCCUGGAGGUGAAGGCGCAUAUAGUGAAGCUGAGCCCUGAUGAGGAGAGCUUAAGAGAUAGACGUGCUAUUGUCUAGGAGGCACAGGAGAUUUCACGUAUCUUCUUCCAUUUGUCUUAUCUUCACAUCUGAGCACUGAAAAUGAGGGCAUGGCAGUUGACCGGGUACUAGAGACCUUGCCAGAAAUCUUUGUUGCCAGAAGGAGCACUGAGAGAACAAGAGGGUAACUGCAUUUCAGCUGCAGAAAGGAGAGUAGCUCUGGGCUAUUUGCAGAACUCCCUGCUUGUAGAAGUGGGUCUGCAUCUGUGCGGUUUGCCCUUUGCAAUCCUUGUUCGCACAAAGCCUCUGACUAUGGAUAUAAGGUCAAAAGGUCACUUAGGCUGACUGGAUCUUUCAGUCAUGCCUGUGUUGUUCUCCCAUUGAGCAUUGUGAAAGCAGGUUACUUUUCUGUCACAGUAUCACAGGGGGCUGUGGUAAGAGUCAUGUGUAUUCACUUCCACUCUGUGCCUUGGAGGGGCCUUAUAUUUGGUCUGUACUUUCUCACUCCUUUGGUCUCUACCUGCAGAUCUUUGUACGUGUUUUCAUGGUGGUUGACUAUGGUAAGCUUCCUAUUGGUGAAACGCUCUUGAAGAACUUGCAGAAGGGCUACAGCAGUGUGCAGUUUGACUUUGACUACAGGAGCACACUUUGCAGAGUCAAGGGAACAUUUACUGAGCUGCAGGCCUUCAGCAGAGACCUGCUGGCCAGCCUGAACCUCAAAAGCCAGCCCACUGGAGAGAGCCUGCCUUCAGGAUCCAGCCAUUUGGCCAAAAACACUGGAAUGUAUGAUUACCAGCAAGAGCCUGACUCUGCUGUAUCAGCAUCAAAGACAGUAAAGCUGCCACACUUGGACCAGGUGUGUGAUAAGGCAGCUGAUGGCCCAUCACCUCGAAGCCACGUGGAUCGGGAAGCUGUGGAACAGCUGGAGGACUUUUCCCUGGUCAUGGACUCAGACAUUUACUUGUACAUACAAAGGUUUUGUGCUUCUGAGUACCAAGGCAUACUUCACCAGCAUCAUGUAGAUGUGGUGGACGUUAGCAGCAAUGACGUAACCAUACUGUACCUCCAACCAUCUCCAGGUACAUCUGGGGACAUGGACACUUUGCAACAGUCCCGCCUGGCGCUACAGCACCUCUACCAGCAGCUGGAAGUGAGCUUGCGCAAAGAGAAGCUCUCCAAGGGAGGACUGAACAACCAGGAACUCAGGGCUCUGACACAGGAACUGCAGGAGCUGUAUCCGCAGUUGCUCUGCCAUGAAGAUGGGAAACAGCUUGACAUUAUUGGAAAUCUUGUUGAUGUUUCCCAGGCCAAGCAGUAUGUUCAACAUUUCAGCACCAGAAGUGGUGCCUCACAGAUGGCUGGCAUGUUCAGUAGCUCCCCACCCUCACAGCCAGCAACUUCCUACACUACAGAGGCUACACUGGAAAAGCCCAAAGUUCCUGUGGACACCUUGCCUCUAAAGCUGAGCACAGGCAAGCCAGAACUGAAAGCUGAACACAAGUUGGCUGCCAACUUCAGUGCUCCAAAAAUUAGCAGGUCUCAAUGCCUUUUGGAAAAUCAGGACUCCCCUCUGAUGGGGCAGGCACAGCUUUCUGGAAAGCAUUUCUCAGAUACACGUGCUCUGGAUCCCAGUGACCCAACAACACUGGCACAGCCGUGCCAGCCUCAUAUCUCUACAGUGGAUGUCAUUUCAAAGUCAGCAGCAGAGUCUCAGCAGGACCCCAAAGAAUGGGGCCAUGUGAAAGGAGGGGCUAGACUUACAAGAGAGAAGAGUCUGUCUCCUUUUGGAAACAAAGAAAAGGGCACUUUGAAGCAUGCUGAGGACUUGACAGACUCAGAUCCCAGCAAACACCAUUCCCUUGCUGGCACAUCUAGUAUCUUUCAGUCUCUAAGUCUCUUUGACACAACAAGAACCUCUUUGGACUCCAAACCCUCUGAAUCCAGGUCUAUGCUGCGACGCUCCAGCAGCUUUUCCUUGCCAAAGUCAAAGGAAGGCAACAAGCCCCAAGGCACUGGCAGGGCAGCCAGUGGAGACAAUAGGGUGAGUGAAGAAAUGAGCCUGAACUCUCUGCAGUGGUCUUAUCUGAAAUAUGCCUGUCGCUCUGCUAUUGAUGAACUGUGCAGGGGCAGAGUUGUGGACAUCUCAGAGCGUUCCACUGGGGACUGCACUGUGCUCACAUUGCAGGCAGCAGACAGGAGCAAGCUUCUCCAAGCUAAAUGGAAGGUAGAAGAUCUUGUGCAGAAGUGUCCUGACCUUGUGUGUCAGAGUAUGAGCUGCUCAGAGCUUGCUGUAGAUGAGCCAGAUGAUGAUGCUCUCUGCGAACUGUGCAGCCACUUGCAAGGGGGUUCCCUCCAGGUUGGGCUCAGCAAAGACAAGUACAAGCUCUAUCUUGCCUGUCCCGAAGACAUGCUGCCAGGAGUGACUGAGGCCUUCCAUCUGUUCUCUUCCAGGAGGCUCCAUGCCCUGAAGUCUUCAUCCUUGUCUCCAGAACCAGGGAGAGCUUUAAGUGCAGGGCACCCAAGUGCUGUCCAGCCAAGCCAGGACACCAUGCUGGAUGCAGCCCUUCCCAACAGCCUGGAGUCCCUGCAGAUGGACCUGCAGCCCCUGGACAUUAGCAAUAAAACAGUGCACCCAGAGGUUCUAAAUGCUUUCCAGCAGCUGGAGGCUGAUGAAAACAGAUCCCCCAGUCUUUGGAGGUUCCCACAAGCACUGGGACGUGAGGCCAGUGACCACAUAGAUCCUGGGGCUGUGCAGGGAAGAAGCAGCCUUCUCAGCCCUAGCAUAAUGGAAAAUUUCAGUCCUGCAGCUCCUAGGGAGUCCAAGGAACAGCUGAAGACCAAAGUGAUGCUGGGGGAACCUGACAUUGCACGGCUAAAGCAGGUUUUGCCAGACAGGUUCCAGUUUGUGAAAGACAAGAGCAGAGUAGGCCACGAUGAUGCCAUGGGACAACUGCAGUCACCAGUCCUCACAGCUGAUGAUGCUCCUCACUCCGUGCCCACCUGGCUGUACGAGAGUACGGCUCCUGAUUCAUUCCAGGCUGCAGCUGAACAGUCACCUGCAGCUGAGCCCAGGUCCCAGGAAAGUAACAGUUCAGGCAGGGACAGCAUUCAGGAGGAGCCCAACCUCCCAGCACUGCAAACAAAAGACACCAGCCUUGAACAGGAAAGCUGCAAUACUCCUCUGAGCCAGUGUGAUGCUUGCCAGGACUUAUGCGUCACAUGCCAGACCCCCUCUGGUCAUGCCUUGUGCAGGUCAUGUUUUGCAAACCAGCCAGCUUGCUGCAGUUCCUCCUUGGUUGCCCCCAUCUGCAAGAUCUCAGGGACUUUCAAGAUAUCCUCUUUGUCACAGAGCUUGCCUGGCUACUUCCGAGACCUGACACUCCAAAUUACCUACACCAUCCCCAAUGGCAUUCAAGGGGUCGGUCAUCCUCAUCCAGGAGAGCCUUACAAAGGGGGAUAUUUCUUAGCGUUCCUGCCUGACAACAGGGAAGGGCAGAAGACAGCAAUUCUGCUGAAGAAAGCAUUUGAGGAAGGGCUGACAUUUCAAGUCAAGUCCUACAAUGGAGAAGAAAGAGUGACAUGGGGCCCUAUCCCACACAAAACCUCCUGGCAUGGAGGCAAAGCCAGGAACGGCUAUCCAGAUGCCCAGUAUCUCCAUGAGGUUUGUACUGUCCUGAAGAAAUUGGGCAUUGACUGAGACUCUGCGCCUGAGCAUUCAUAUCCAGUGCCUUCACUUCACCUUCCUUCCCUGCUGACAAAACUACAACCCAGCACAGCUCAGGAAAAAAGCAGGUGCCUGCCCAAGGAGUGAAUUGUGUCCUGAGACAGCCAGAAGUCUACACAUUAGCAACAGCAGCCCCUCUAUCUCCCAGCUUGGAGCUGAGCGUCCCCAAGCCUCUAGCUCUUACUAGUUGCUCAUCUUCUCACCAGCCAGUUAAGUAACAGCUUGUUUCACCAUCAGAUUCAGGCUGAGCCCUGGCAUGAUUUUCAACAGAGUGCCAUUUUAACCAAGCCAAGCAAGCAGGAGCUUGCUUGUAGUUCAACCCCAGACUUCUGGAAGUCUGUUCCCUUUGGCCACUACAGGCAGGCUCCAGCUCAGCCACCUCCAGAGCCUGUGCCAGAGCUGAGCUAUCAUUAAUUUCAGAUGCUUAAGUAGACAUUUCAGUCCUUGAGCUGACAGCCAUGAACUACAGCCCCUCCCCAACACCUGCUCUGGGGACAGCAGGAAAGUUUAUGCUUGGUUGGAGACAGCAGCAAUGAGUUUCAGCUCUGAACAGCUGCCUCCUGAGAAUAUCAGGCACAGAUAGGGUGCAGGUGCAGAAACACAAAUAAACAAGAUUUAUCUCCACAUUCUUUGUAGUGGUUGCUCACAUUCUGUCUGCCACUCUGGAACCCCAUUUCAUUCUCAGCUGUCUACAGGGACACCCCAACACAAACUAGAGUGCAGAGACCAGCUAAGUGCUUUGCAAACAAAAAUAAUCACUAUAACUGCCCUCCAAAGUAGACUACUGCAAGAAUGACACAAUGCUUGAGACAGAGAUUAACAGUUAUACUUGAGAGCAGAGGCAGCUUUUCAGCUUUGGAGAGUUGUUGGGAUUUGUAAACUGAGUACAUCCAACCUCUGACUGCCUUUUGAAGCAAUACAGGGGCCCCAGAGACUGGCAGAAUAUUGACCAGCACACCACUGAGGGUUUUGUUAUGCUUUAAUUAACAUUUUAAACACAUAAGGCAUAUGGAAACAUUAGAUGGAGGAGCAUUACACAUUAUAAUCAUGUAAACAGCAUUGGCACAUUUGCUUUCUGUCUCACUUGGUUAUACAAAGCAGAAUACAUUUUUUAAACAAAGAUUUUCCAAGUGCCUGUAGGGUGAGCAUCAUUCAUAUCACACAUUUGCACAUCAACAUAACUCAGACAGUGCAGAUCAGACCAUAUGCUGUAAGAGGCUCAGUCUAAUGCAUUUCACAUCAUGCUCAUGUACUACUUGCCAGUCACUUUGCCAUCAACACGGUUUCAUACAGAAGAGACUUCAUUAGGCAACAAUAGUGCUUUCACACUUUGCCUGAUAGCAGCUGCAAGCGGCCAGCAUUCUGUACUGAUUAAAGCCUGCGGCUCACACUGCCUUUUUCUUGUCACUGGUCACUCAAUUUUAGUUUAAUACAGGUGGGAAAAAAAAUACACAGCUAAACUCCUCGCCAGCCCAAAGCACUUAGGGGGUCAUGUUCCUUUGAGCAAAGUGAGGCUGCUUUCCUUCCUACGCCUGCACUUGGCAUGCAACACAAAUGAACAAGAGAGAAACUGAAGAGUCAGAGGUGACGGAAGUUGCUGGAUGAUAGCAAAGGGUUGCAUUUUGCCCAAGUCUAAAAGUAUCAGUCUGGGAAUGCAACUAUAGCAAUGACAUUGGAGUAGCACUAGGACAGGCAUUCCUGCCAGGGGGAUUCUUUGAAUUACUCAUGCUUUUCACCUGGCCAUUUCUCCUCGUAGCAUAACCUUUGGAUCAGACAAUGUAAAUCAACACUGAAUUGCACUUCUGAUGGCAGUAAUGGCACACACAAUUUAAGAGCAGGCGUCUCCCAUUUCCUUGAUAGUAUGACUUUGCCCUAAAAAGUUAAGCAACACUGAAUGGAAUGAUUCUUUUGUUUGUUUUGCUUUGGUCCUUAGGUGUACAAACGUGCUGGUUAACUUUAA